UUAGGCAGGCAAGUUCCUAAACUAGUGGAAGAACAGAGAGGGAACCUAUCUGUGAAAGGGUACUUUCAGUUUGCUAGCAGCUAAACUUCACCUUUGGUGUCACUGGGUAAUUGUGUUUGUGAGGAGAGGUUGCAGAAGAUUACUACUCCCUAUUUUGUUUUCCUUCAUCAGAGGGCUAACUACAGCCCUGCUGGAUCAUCUGCUCUCUCUCUCUCAGUGAUGAGGACUUUAGGAUAACUGUCCUUUCCAGAAUUUUGAUGGUAAAUGCCCGGUAAUUGGCGUACAACACUUUGAAGCUUCCUCCAUUUUAGAUUGUUGACAUGUCUACCCUUGGGAGUUUUGAUGGUUUCCAGCCAGUGGCUCUGAAGCAAGAUGGAGAUGACCAGCCAUCAGAAAGAGACCAUCUUUCUGUAAAAGAGGAUGAUCCCCUCAAGGCCAUAGAGUCAAACCAAAUUACAAGACAGCCAAGCAUCACUGAGACAACACUCUACCCAAACCCUUAUGUCCGACCUUAUACCUCAAGGAAGUACUUUGUUACCCGGCCAGGAGCCAUUGAUACAGCUAUGGAAGACUUAAAAGGUCAUGUGGCCGGGACUACUGGGGAAACCGUUCAAAGCUUCUGGCUCUUGACUGAGGUGGACCACUGGAACAAUGAGAAGGAGAGAAUUGUGGUGAUCACUGACGAGACACUUUUGAUCUGCAAGUAUGACUUCAUCAUGCUCAGCUGUGUCCAGUUUCAGCGAAUCCCACUGAAAUACAUCGAUCGUAUUUGCCUGGGCAAAUUUGCCUUUCCUGGGAAGUCUUUGGAUACGAGACAAGGUGAAGGUCUGCGCAUCUACUGGGGGAACACAGAGAAUCAGUCAGUCUUGUCCCGCUGGAACCCUUGGUCCACUGAAGUUCCUUAUGCGACAUUCACAGAGCAUCCAAUGAAGUACUGCAAUGAAAAGUUCAGGGAAAUAUGCAAGAUGUCUGCAUUCACAGCUAAGCUGCUGCCAGCUGUCGACAAUGCUCACAAAGUCACCAUAGGACCACGAAGAGGAAAGGGAGUGAUAGUUUUGACUGAACCCAUUCUGAUCGAGACCUAUAUGGGAAUUAUGUCUUUCAUUGGGAACCGUAAUAAACUCGGCUACUCCCUUGCUCGUGGAAGUGUUGGAUUUUGAGGCAGAUCAAGUUUUGUCAAUUUAUAGUAAAAUAGAUCAUUAUUGAAGGGUCAUUGUGUAUAUAUUUUAAAAUUGUUAAUUCAUUUUUUCUGGCUACUUUUCUAAAUACUUUAAUUCUUAUGCAAGAACUCCAAGUGCACUACCUAAAUUUGAAUCAGUCCAUAAUUAUAUUUAUUGAGUGCUUACUAUGUGCAAAAUAUCAUACUAAGUGCUUGGGAAAGUACAGUACAAUAGAAUUAGCAGAUGUGUUCCAUACCCAUAGAGAAUUUACAUGUCUUUGGAUAUGGCUAGCCCCUUACAUUCAAGCCAGUCCAAUUGUCCUUAUAAUUUGAAUAUAUCCAAAAAAUAGACCUAAUGAGCCCACCCACGAGACAAUAUCAGUUCAAGACCUAAAGCAUGGAGUAUUAUUGUUUUCCUUGCUUCAGGACAUUUGGAAACAUUACUCUGAACAAGAAAGAGAUGGACAAAACAUUUAGAAAACCAUUGGCCUUUACAAGCUAGGGUGAAUUAAAGUACACUGUGGCAUACUGAAAUUACAUCCAUUAAUGAUCCCCAAUUGUUCUGUCUGUAUGAUUUUCCUGUUUAGAGAAUAGAGAAUUUGCUGCUUUAUACAUCAGUGCCAAAUUGUCAUAUGUUGACACAUACAAGUUAAUUUUAAACUAAUACCUGCUCAGAAGAGAAGCAUUUGGGAUCACAUUUUAAGGGUAAGGAAUAUAUUUUCCAGCAUGAGCUAAAUGGAUAUGGUAUUUCAAAUAGAUAUUUUUUUUUCAGAAAAUCAAAAUGCUGCUGUUUAUUUUACUUAAAUAAAAUAUGUUUCUCCAUUA